CAAACUCUGUCCCACAGUGCGGAGUUCUUGAGAAGUGUCCAGAAAUUCAGGAACAGAUCCUCGCGAUCUAGCCGUGAUAUUAACUGUGUCUUUUCGGCUCUGUUCUCCGAUAUCCGUGCGAGAACCUCUACGUGUGAAGUAGUGUGCGAUCUGCGAUCGUGAUCUUCGGGAAGAUCUUCGUUAUGAUCCUGCCGUAACAGUUUGCAGUUUUUUAGCGAAGAAUAUUUGCGCGAGCUGCUCGCAACAAGUGGUGUUAUGAUGUGUCCCCCGUCCCGCGUGCUUGUGUUUGUGUGUGAAAAUAGUGAAAAUUAGGCAAGGAAAAGAACGAGAAUUUGACAGCGGUGCGGAUUAACGCGAACUGUGCGGAAUUGCGGUGCGUCGUCGUCCUGUUGUGUGUGACGUUUACGACAGCUGCUGCGGCGGGGCAUUAUUAGACCAGUCGUCAUCUGUACGGUGUGGGUCAGUCGUCUGUAAAACGAAAAGAAACCCCCACACCCCCUGAUUCUAGAUCCCAUUGACACGUUGACAUCGAGAAUGGAUAAGCGGCGGGGACUUAUUUUUAACACCGGAUUAAUACUCCUUUUCCUACUGCAAGCUGUCACCUGCCUUGAGAUCACCAACCUGCGAGUACCGUCCUCGUACAGCAUAUCGCGCGAUGAGGGCGACCACAAACCGCUGAUCCUCGGCUGCGACUACGACAUCGACGAGAGCGAGUCGAAGGGGUUCGUGCUGAAAUGGAAGCACAACGAGCUGCAGAUCUACCAGUGGAUACCGUCGCGGAAUCCGGUCGUGUUUAGCGCCUUCAAGGGACACAUCGAUCUCGGCUACUCCGAGUCGGACGAUCGGCUCCACAAGCACAGUGCCUUAAAGUUUAUCAACCCGAUAGCCAACUACACCGGCAACUACACGUGCCAGGUGCAGACGUACCAGAGCGUGCAGUCGCGGACGGCCCACCUGCAGAUUAUCGUGCCCGAGACGGACUUCUCGCUCGGCUUCCAGCGGGAAACGAACGGCAGCACGGUGGUGUUCUGCAAUGUGGGUGAAAUUUUCCCCCGACCGGAAGUUUCGCUGCUCAUCGAUAACGAGAAGGUGCCCGACGCGGUGGAAACGGAACAGGUGCAGGAGUACACCAACUACUACAACAUGACGGUACAGUACAUCCUGCCCGACCAGAACAAGGACAUGGAGCUGGAGUGUGAGGUGACGAUACCGGGGACCGACUACAAGCUGCGCACCAGCAUGCCCUAUCUGGGUGCCGCCUUCCGGGCGAAUGCUGCCACGUUGCAGGUCUUCCUCUGUACCUUCCUGACAGUCACACUGGCCCGCAUGCUGACCCUGUUCUAGGGACCGCGUUUACAUAAGUCGCUUCGAGACUGAAGCUGCUCCACAGAAAAUGCCUUUUCGCAGCGAUCGCAGGUGGUUGUCGGUCGUUAGCGCCCGGUCGGCGCGCAUAAAGUCUUCUUCCCCAUUCUCGACUUCCCUCUGCCCUACAGUCUUCCCCAGCUCCUCCUCGCCCCCUGUGUCACACAGGAUUCAAAGUGCAAUUAAUUGUUUGUUCAUUACGCUUCCCCAUCUAUUCCCCGACUCCAAAGCGCCCCCGCGCCGAGAGGGAUGUGGAGAGGGACCUGUUGUAAAUAAUUGUUUGUUUUCUGCUGCUUUUUGUUGUUGUGAUCGCUGUUUUCUUGUGUACACCACCGAUAGAGAGCCUCUUAAAAGCAAGCGGUUUGAGUUUCGUCAAACGAAACACGUUGUGCCUUGGAAAGCCGCAAAACAACCUCCCUCGAACAGGCGAUAUAGGAAAUAAAUUGAAAAUAUAUUUUUAAAUGUUUAAAUUAUUAACACCCUGUGCCUCAUCCUCGCUCCUCCCCCCCCCCCCCCCCCCCCGCCUUACCAUCUUCCCGAGGAGGAUUUAAUAUGUUUAAUAAUACAGAAACAAUUUACGCUUCGUGUGAUGAGGAGGUUAUCAUCACCCUUGUUGGUGUGCGUGUGCGUGUGUGUGUGCACUCUCGUUCGUGUCAGUGAUUAAUUUAAAUGUGUUUCCCCGUAGUCAAAGAGAGUCUGUACGUGAAGCGGAUGAUCGCAAGGAUAACUUUAUGUUGUAUAACACACGCGUGUUGCCGAAAUAAAGAAUGAUAAUAUUGAAAAAAGCAAA